CUCCCGGCGUGCCCCGCGCGUCCCGGCGUGCCCCGCGGUACGGGUGCCGGCGCGGCGCUCCCCCUGCGCGGCGCGGCGCGGGCGGCCAUGGCGGCGCCGGUGCGGGCGGAGCUGGCGGCGGGGCCGGCGGCGGCGGCCGUGGCCGUUCACCUGCUGCCCUGCCGCGUCGGCCACGACGGGCCCGCCGCCGUCGGCACCUUCUUCCGGCCGCAGGCGGGGCCGGGGCCCGAGCUGUGGGCCUCGCUGCGGGGGCGGCGCCUGGGGGGGCUGGAGGUGCCGCUGCCCCCCGGCUACCGGGGGCUGGUGCUGGCCGAGGGCCCCGGCGACGCCCAGGGCUGGCGCCUCCGGACCACCGGGACCUUCGGGGCCAUCACGGCCUGGGGGGCCGACGCCCCCCCCUCCCCCGCCGCGGGGCUGCCCCUCGCCCUGGCCUGGGCCCCCCUGGCCCACGCGAUCCACGCGCCCGUCCCGGACGACAGCGACGAGGAGGCGGAGCCCUGAGAGGCCCCACCCACCACGGAAGCAGUGCUACCAGAAGCCCCGCCCACCCCACCACGGGGGGGCGGAGCCCCAGCAGGCCACGCCCCCUCCUGCAAAUAAAGGCAGCCGGAUCUGG